CGUCGUUUUUUUACCUACCCCAGGUUGAGGACAACCAAUCCGUCGUCGUUUUUUUCCCUCUCUCCGUCCUCCGGCGUCGUCUUCCUCCGUGGACGGUCUCUGUGACAGAUUGAGAGAAUCGAGAAUGAAAAAUCUGAAUAUACGGGAAAAUUCGGAUACGUCUCGUAAAUUCUUCGACAGUUCGUUCAUGGCUCAUAAUCAAGUCAUGGAUUCCCUCACAUCUCAUAUUUCCCUCUACCACUCGCAUUCCAUCUCACCCAGAACAAACACAAACCCUAAUCCCAGAUCGGCUAUUCUCAGAUGGUUCUCUUCCCUCACCCUCCAUCAGCGCCUUGCUCAUCUCACCUCUGUCGAUCCCAACUUUGUCCGGAUUCUUGUCCAGAUGCUCGGAUAUGUCCGGACGAAGGGCCGUGGCUCUUUCAUCAUCCUGCCGGACCUCCCUUCCGGCGAUCUUCCGAGCAUCUGCUUCAAGAAAUCUUGCGGUUUAAUCUCCAGGGUUGCCGAGUCGAACGGCUCAGAGCGUCGGAUUUUUGAGUCGACCCGGCUCUUCGGUUCCAGAGAAGGGGAGAGAGUCGAGGACUGUUCUUGUUCCGUCAAAUUUCUUGAUUCGAUCACUGUAAGCGAGGAAUUCGCAACGGAUGUGGAUCGGUUUGUGGAGACUAUGGAUGAGUUAUCGAAUGGAGGGUUUUUGAGGGGGGAAGAGAGUGAUUUGGGAUCGAAUUGGGUAGAAUUGGAAUGGCUGAAAGCCAAAGGCUUUUAUAGCAUGGAGGCCUUCAUCGCAAAUAGGUUAGAGGUCGGCUUGAGAUUAGCUUGGUUGAACAGCGGUAGUGGGAAGAGAAAAGGAAUGAAAUUGAAGGAAAAAUUGCAUGCUGCAGCAGCAGCAGCAAAUUCGUAUUGGAGGAAGAAGGCGUGCACCGAUUGGUGGGUCAAUUUGGAUGCCGUAACUAAAAGGAAAGUCUGGAAUUCUGUUUUGGGAAAAUCAGCAAAAUCCCUGAUAUGUGAGAUUCUGAGAGAAGCGAAUCAGGCGUCACAGGAAGAAAUGUGGAUCUUUGGUUUUGGCGUAGGACCUGCAAGGCAAGGAUAUUCUGAAACUUCGGCAUUUUCGGUCUUUGACAUGAUUUUAGAAACAACCUCUAUAUCUAAGAAAAGUAGUACCUUAGCCAGCGCUUUAAAUGGCUUACAUGUGCUUCAAGAACUUGUUGCAUUACUUGUCUCGUGUCAAAAUGGUGAAUUUCCAGUACAUAGUGUAUUUUUCAGCUCUAUGGGUUCUCUUGGUACCUUAGUUGAUUGCGUACUAAGAAAACUACGGGGCUUUCUCGUGCUUAUCUCCAUCAAUUCUGCAAAGAUUGAGCUUCUUGGAGAAAAUACUCAGAAAUGUCUACCGAGUACAUCAUCCAAGCAGAUGACUAAUUCAACCCACCGUAAAAAGAAAGGCAAGACCAGGAAUGUGAAAAGGCCUAAUGCGGAGGCAGCAUUUAGUAAAAAAGAGACCUUGACAGAGGAAAUGGAAAGGCGAGAUCGAGAUGGUCUGGAAUUCGAAAGAGACAAAGAUACGGUAGAAUGCAAAAAAAUGUCUACCACAUCGAUAAAGCACAACUGCUGUGAAGCCAUUUCUGCAGCAAAAAUGGAACUCAUCCCAGGUUUGGUUGCUGGGAAAGGAAGAAGUAAAAAGAAAAGAAAGGAAAAGAAUAAGUGCACAAGUUUUAAAAACCCUGAGGAAAAAAAUAACUCUGAUGUGGAUAGUUCAGCCAUUCAGGAAGUUCCUGACAAUAAUUCAAGUUAUAGCUCUACUCCUCAGCAUCUUCAGGAAUACAUAAAUGCUUGGAGCAUUGGAGAAGAUAGUCACGCUAGCUCUGUCAGGCAUGCCUGUGCUACAGGAACUCCAUGGAGUGGUACAGUUCAAAAUCAGUAUUCUAAAGAGGAAGUGUUGAACACUGAGGCUGAAAGGUGUGUGGUUCAAUCCUCUUUUACCGUUGUGGAUCCUGUCGGUGGUUCAGUCAGAGAAGAUGUCAAUUCUCGAGAUUCCUGUCAUCCAAACGGGCAUGUAGAAAUAUUGAUGUCUAAUAGACGAUCCAGAACUUUCAAGGAAUGUGAAUCCAUUGGCAUACAGGAUAAGAGGAAAGAAAGAAGCCAUGGUGUUGCCUGCAGUACUUCGGAAUUUGUUUCCUAUGAGUGGCCUGCUGUAGCUCCUAUGUAUUUUUCACACCUUAAUUCUCACCUUCCAACUGCCACCGAUAGAUUGCAUCUUGAUGUCGGCCACAAUUUGCAUGCUUACAUGCGCCAGCCUUUUGUGCCCACUAUGCAUCAUGGUAGAAAUCCUUCCAUUGAAGGCGCGCAUAAAGAAGUUUUUUCUCGACCUGUGCCGAUGAGUUUAGAUUGGCCUCCCAUGGUUCGGAGUAAUUGUGGUGUGACAACACCAUUCACUUGCAAUUAUGAUUCUGGAGUUUUUAUGGACUUUCCUGAACAGAAAAAUAAACAGGAGCUAGGGAAUGAUUGUGAGAAUAAUUGGAUGCUAGAGGAAGACUUUGAGAUGCACGCGGUUUCUGGAGUAGACUAUAAUCAGUAUUUUGGUGGUGGAGUGAUGUAUUGGAAUCCUUCUGAUCAUCUUGGGACAGGCUUCUCUCGUCCUCCCUCACUUAGUUCUGAUGAUAGCUCCUGGGCUUGGCACGAAGCUGAAAUGAAGAGGGCAGUUGAUGAUAUGGUUGCGUUUUCUUCUUCUUACAGCACAAAUGGAUUAGCUUCUCCAACAGCGGCUUCAUUCUGUUCCCCAUUUGAUCCUUUAGGUUCUGGAAACCAGCCUCUUGGUUAUGUUGUGCCAGGAAAUGAAGUAUCUGGCAAAGUGCUACAAGCCUCUCCAGCCACAGCUGAAGAUGUGGGCGAGGAGGACGUCUCUGGAUCUCUGGCUGGUUUAUCUGGAGAUGUUGAAGGGAAUUCAGGAGACUCAUUUUCUUAUCCCAUUUUGCGCCCUAUAAUCAUUCCAAGUAUGUCAAAAACUGAAUACAAGCGUAAUUAUGAUAUUAGAAGUCCGCAUGUUCCACCGUCGCGGCGAGAUCAUCCUCGCAUAAAGCGACCACCAUCACCUGUAGUACUAUGUGUUCCGCGUGCUCCUCGCCCUCCGCCGCCUUCUCCUGUGAGUGACUCUAGAGCUCGUCGAGGCUUUCCAACUGUAAGGUCUGGGAGUUCCAGCCCUAGACAUUGGGGUAUGAGAGGCUGGCUCCAUGAUGGGAUAAACUGGGAGGAAACUUGUGGUGCUGAGGUUGUUUUGCCUUGGCGAAACAAGAAUCUUGCUGCGCGUCCGGUCAUUCAACCUCUUCCUGGGGCUCUCCUGCAAGAUCACUUGAUUGCAAUGUCUCAACUAGGCCGAGACCAGGAACAUCCUGAUGUGGCUUUUCCACUGCAACCACCCGAGCCACUUAAUUGUCCAAUGCCUAGGGCAUCUCUCUCGUUGAUUCACAGCCUUCUUAAUGAUGAGAUAGAUUAUUUCUGCAAGCAGGUUGCUGCAGAGAAUAUGGCCCGUAAACCUUAUAUUAAUUGGGCUAUCAAGCGGGUUACCCGAUCUCUCCAAGUCUUGUGGCCCAGGUCUAGGACACAUAUUUUUGGUUCAUUUGCCACUGGCUUGUCCCUUCCUUCAAGUGAUGUGGACCUUGUCAUUUGUCUUCCUCCAGUGAGGAAUUUGGAACCUAUCAAAGAGGCCGGAAUUUUGGAGGGCCGUAAUGGUAUAAAGGAGACUUGCCUUCAGCAUGCAGCCAGAUAUCUGGCCAAUCAAGAGUGGGUGAAAACUGAUUCCCUGAAGACAGUUGAAAAUACAGCUAUACCUAUUAUCAUGCUUGUUGUGGAAGUUCCCUGGGAUCUGAUAUCAUCUACUGCAUCUGGAUUAUCACCAAAAGAUGGCCAAAUUUGUACAAUUGUUGACCAUGACAGCAAUGGCCAGUACGAAAUAGUUGGAUUUGGAGACAGUGCAACAAACUGUUCACAGGAGAACUCUGGGAGCUGCACAAAUGCGAAGUCAGUUCGUCUUGACAUUAGUUUUAAGACUCCGUCUCAUACGGGCCUUCAGACAACCCAGCUGGUCAAAGACCUGACCGAGCAAUUUCCAGCUGCCACACCUCUUGCAUUGGUGUUAAAACAGUUUUUGGCUGAUCGUACCCUGGACCAAUCAUAUUCUGGUGGAUUGAGUUCUUAUUGCUUGGUCUUAUUGAUUACGCGAUUUCUUCAGCAUGAGCAUCACCUUGGUCGCCCUAUCAACCAAAAUUUUGGGAGUCUUCUAAUGGAUUUUCUUUACUUCUUUGGGAAUGUAUUUGAUCCGCGCCAAAUGCGUGUUUCAGUGCAAGGAAGUGGUGUUUAUAGGAGUAGAGAGAGAGGAUAUAGUAUUGAUCCGAUACACAUCGACGAUCCUAUUUUUCCAACAAAUAAUGUGGGGAGGAAUUGCUUCCGUAUACAUCAAUGUAUUAAGGCAUUUUCGGAAGCCUACUCUAUUCUGGAGAAUGAUCUCACAUGCCUUGCUAGUUCCACUGAUUCAUGCAGAAAGCCGUCGUACAAAUUGCUGUCAAAAAUCAUUCCAAGUAUGGGGUUGUUGUAAGAAUCUAGAUGUGGUGUUGAGAUGAAUUUUGAUGCGCAACGAACUCUGGAAAUUGUAACUGCUGAUGCCGAUGCCUAUAUGCAACUUCCCAGUGAGGGACUAUAUAUUGUAGACCAUCAUCCUAUUUGAAUCAGCCAAUGUCUCAAGUACCAACCAACUUGGACGCAAUAAAGAGAUGGUGUCAUUCAGCAGAUUGACAAUUAUUCUUGUCUCUUCACUGCUAUUGUGCACUGAAGGCCUUGUUCUAUUCUGGACUGACUGUAUUCUACACAACACAUGUGUCAGCCAAUUGAUGCCUAGCUUCCUGUUGGAGGCUAUCGGCCCUAAGGAGACAAAAAGAUCGCUGCAGAAACUAGUCGUCAUCAUUUAGAGACACAGAAGAUCACGAGCGGAACGUUUCUCUAAAUUGUUUCCAGGUACCCUUUCUUGGUUGCAACAAAUGUGUGCAUGUACAUAUAUAUAUAUAUGUAAAGUAUAGAAUGGUCAAUUGUCUUGCUUUUGGGAGAAGAGCGCUGAGGUAAAAGUAUAUUACUAAUUUCCUGGUUUGUGAGAAUGUGGUCAUUAGGUCAGAGAGAGAGAGAGAGAGAGAGAGAGAGAGAGAGAGAGAGAGAGAGAGAGAGAGAGAGGGGUGAGUGGCAUCAGAGGAAUGAGGGACUAGCAGUAGUGAUGGCCAGUUGAUAGUUUUUUGCUGGGCAUCAAAUGAUGGUGUUUUGUGAUCUGAUCUGUUGGAUCAUUGUUUGCCCCUUUUCAUCGUAUUCCCUCAUACAUAUACACAUGCAUACAUACAGGGCAUAUAAAGGGUUGGAGGAGAAAUGUGGGUUGAAUUUGAAAUCAUUUCAUUGUAUUUGUUAGAACAGGUGAAGAACCUGCGCAUACAUGUGAAUAGGUGUUUUUUUUCUCUCAUUUUCUUUUUUGGAAGGAGAAAAAGAGAAGGGAAAGGAGGUGUUGUGUUGACCGAGCACGAUGUGAUGUUGUUUUGGGGGUUCCUUUUCUCACUUUUUUUUUUCUCCUCUGGUUGUUCCAAAGUCCAUAGUAUGACUCAAGGACUCUUCAGUCCAUGUUUGGUUUUUCUCUCUUUCGGCCUUAACCUUCCCUCUCCUCUUGGAUACCGCGAUCUUUCCACUUUAUCUGUCUUUUUUCGUCUCUUGACCAAUUAAAUAAUUAUAGUCCUACUUUGCAUUGUAGUUUAGAGGGACAAAUACAGGGUGGAAGUGGGAGAGGGUUAAACCCCAAGUCUUGGGGGUACGAGAGAAUUCAAGGGACAGUCUCACCUUUUUAAUCUUUGUUCUUUUGGGUUUUAUAUGUAUGAGAGUGAGUGAGUGUGUGAAUCUUCAUUUGGUACUAUGUUUGUGUGUUCUCUAUUGCUUUUAACAAGUCAAACCGACAACGUCUGCCUAAUCUCAUUACCAAACUCAAGUGACAA